AUGGCACCGGAAAUCGACACUCCCGCCUGGAAGGCCAGUAUUUUAGAAGGCAUUACGGCUUUCCCCCAUGUCUAUACCAUUGUCACCUGCGCCGACACUACCCACGAUCUCUCCCCGGUUUUUGAAGCCGACAAAGAUGCAUACUACGCCAGACAGGUACAGGAGUACUGCGAGCACAUCCAGUUAUCCCUCCACGCCAAAGCUAGCGCUCUCCAUGAGGAAGUUCAGACCCUCCGUGACGAGAAUCGCGACUUGAAGAAGGAGGUUGCUACACUCGACAAGGUGAUCGACCGAGUCGGCGCUCCUAAGCAUACCACCGGCCAGCUUCCCCAUCGCCAGACCCGAGACCAUCCCACGUUUAAUGCCACCGAGAAAGAUAUCGAGAAGCGACAAGAGGAGUAUGUCGGCUGGCGCUCCAAAGCUAUGCGCAACUUAGCCGUGGAUAAGACCAUCUACAACACUGAGUUCCGUCGUUUGCAAUACAUUGGCAGUAUGCUUGAUGGCAGCGCCUACACGCUUGUCCGCCAGAGCCUAGAUGUGAUUACAAUGAACCCCGACGAAACAGGACUAUGGGAAUGGAAGACCGCCGACGACCUCAUUGAGUUCCUUAACAGCCAAUACGAAACCAUCGACCUCGAUCGCACUGCCAGCCGCAACUUCGACAACUAUUUCAUGACAAAUAAGCCCUUUGAGAAUUUUAUCGCCGAGUUCAAUAAGCUUGCAACCCUCGCUGGCAAGACUGAUAAGCAGAAGGUUGAAGCCCUCCAACUCAAGGUAUCCAACGAGGUCAUCGACGAGGUCAUGCACCGUAGCGGCAAACCUGGGAAUGACGACUGGCCUGGAUGGAGAAAGCUGUGCCAGGACGUCUACAACGACCUUGAGCAGAGUAAACACAUCAGGAGGAUGCGUAGCCGACGUGAACCUGGCCCUCGCAGUGCCUCCGACAACCCCCGUCCAAACAACCCGCCGGCCCCAGCCGCGCCAAUCGCCGACGCGGGCGAGCUCAUGCAACUUAGUGCGUCCUCGACCUCCGAAGCUCGCCGACGCGAGCGCCAGGAAAGGGGCCUCUGUUACUACUGUGGCGGAACCCACAGGAUCCGCGACUGUCAGGAGAAAAAGGACAACGAUGCCAAGUACAGCCUUCAGAAUAACACGCCACGCAGUGAUGCCGCUCGUGGUCGUGGCCACGGCCGUGGCAGCUACUACUCCCCUCGUCCCUCGCCCCAGGUCCCGAACGCAACAUACCAACCCCAACCCCAGCCCCAGUACCGACAACUCCAAGGCUUCCCACCGACCCAGCAACACUACGUGCAACCCCCUUACCUUAGUCCUACCUUCAACCGCCUUCACUCCAUGGAUCAAGGCUUUAUCGACUUAGUCGAUAGUGGAUGCUCCGCGCGGGCAUUCGCCGACCGCGGCUUUAUUCGCGCUAAUAAGAUCCAAACCGAGAAGCUGCCAAAGCCACGCACCCUGAUCCUCGCCGAUGGGAAGGUCGCUGACCAUAUUACCCACUACGUCAUUCUUCCCGUGAGUAUGGGGAACCACAUCGAACCCUGCGUCUUCUUUAUUACCACGCUAUCCCCAGACACUCCGCUUAUUUUUGGACUCCCCUGGCUCCAACGUCACAACCCCACAAUCGACUGGGCGAGAAUGACUCUACUUUUCCAGUCACAGUAUUGCCUUACUCGCUGCUGUUCUACACCAUGUUUCGCACCGACAGUACCCAGUCCCAGGCCCAGGCCGCACGAUAUUGCGCCACCUACCGAGUCCCAGCCCCCCCGCCAGCGGGACCAGGCCUACAUCGAGGACACUGAAGAUGAAGGUUACGGGAGUGGUGAUUCUAUACGAACCUCUUCUUCCUACCGGCCGCCUUCUAUUGAAGACAGCGACGACGAAGAGCCUCACCCCGAGGGAAGUGUGGAACUAGAUAUCCCUCAGACCCUCACUCCCGGCCAAGAUCACUACCGCACUUUUCGACCGAACCGCCCCCGUUUUCCGCUGGAGCCUGAGACCCGGGCCCGGAUGAUCCCCGACAGGCCACAGUUAAAGCCAGCACCUGUCACCCUGAAGGCAGGCAGACGGCGCCCAGUACACCAGGAACAUCAUGCUCCGCCAAUGCCGCAGCUCAGUGUGCCAAUUCCACCCACGCCGAAUGGGGCGUGUCCGCCUGAUCCAUAUGACCGGCCUGAUCUGUCUGAUAUCAAGAUGUCAGCCGCCACCAACUUUCUCCAGUUCUGCAAAGGCGGCGCGACCCAGUGUAUGAAGAUUACAUGGCCUGAACUAGACGCCAUCCAGACGGAAACCCCCUUACUAAAACUCCCCGACUUGCCAGAGAGCGUGUUCCACAAUAUCCUCGAAAAACGCGGCGACCACGCAGCCAUCUCCCAACUAUUCCCUAGUGCGUUCCACGAUUUCCUUGAUGACUGCUACAGUCAGGAACACCUGCGACGCGUGACGGACGCCGACGUCGACAAGUUCUUGAAAGGGAAACCGGACCUCUCCCACGAAGACAUUAAAGCAAGGCUUCCUGAGUGGCUUCAAGAUAAAAUAACUGGGUUCCUGCCCCAUCUAGCGAAUGAAUUACCUCCACGACGCGGUUGGGAUCAUAGAAUCGAACUUACCCCUGGCAGGGAGCCCCCAUAUCAGAAGAACCGCCCGUUAUCCCCUAGAGAGCUCCUUGUUGUUCGGAAGUGGCUUGAUGAUAACCUAUCUAAGGGAUUCAUCCGUGAGUCGCGCGCCCGAUGUGCAGCGCCCCUUCUCCUGGCCGCGAAACCUGGUGGUGGUGUACGUAUCUGUCAGGACUACCGCGGACUCAACUCGGUCACAAUCAAGAACAGAUACCCGCUGCCACUGAUCCGCGAAACCUUAGACGCUCUCUGCCACGCCAAGUACUAUACAAAGCUGGAUGUUAUCGCUGCCUUCAACAAGCUACGCAUUGCCGAGGGGCACGAGUGGAAAACCGCAUUCAUCACACGCUUUGGCCUUUUCGAAUCAUUGGUCAUGCCCUUCGGUCUCUGUAACGCCCCCGCUUCGUUCCAACACUAUAUCAACCAUACUCUGUACGACCUGCUCGAUAAGACCUGUACGGCCUAUCUCGACGAUGUUUUAGUCUAUUCACAAACGCGCAAAGAACACCGCCAACACGUCCGCGAAGUUAUAGACCGCCUGAUAGAAGCGGGCUUGCAAAUCGAUAUUAACAAAUGCGAGUUUGAAACAACAAAAACCAAGUACCUUGGACUCAUCAUAGCUAGUGAUGGAAUCCAGAUGGACCCAGACAAAGUGGCGACGGUUACUGGGUGGGAAAAGCCCGCCAACGUGCGCGAACUCCAACGCUUCCUCGGAUUCGCAAACUUCUACCGCCGCUUCAUCCGGGAUUUCUCCUCAAUCUGCCGGCCUCUGAACGAUCUCCUACGGAAAGAGUCAGCCUGGUGCUGGACCGAACGGCAGCAGCACGCCUUCAUGCAACUAAAGACCGCGUUCACCACAGGUCCUGCCCUUGCCUUCUUUGACUACAACCGUAAAACUGUCCUGGAAACAGAUGCUUCCGAUUGGGCCUCUGGUGGAGUACUGUCUCAGUAUGACGACGAUGGCAGUCUACGACCUGUUGCGUACUUCUCUUCUAAGCACUCCGCAGCCGAAUGCAAUUACGAGAUCUAUGAUAAGGAACUACUCGCUAUCAUCAAAGCCCUAGAAGAAUGGCGACCGGAGCUCCAAGGGAACGCGUCGGAGUUCGAGAUCAUGACAGACCAUAAGAACCUCGAGUACUUCACAACAACCAAGGUUCUGAAUCAGCGUCAGGUUCGCUGGUCCGAGUUCCUCUCCCAGUUCAACUUUCGCAUCAUCUACCGCCCAGGGUCCAAAGCCGUUCGACCAGACGCUCUUAGCCGACGAUCCCAGGAUGUGCCGUCCAAAUCUGACGUUGAGGACGAUCGCCUGAAACAGCGAAGGAAGACCCUGCUACCCCGGAACAGGUUCGACCCGUCCGCUCUCGCAGACUUACUCGGCGACAUUGAUGACACGACUCCCAUGGCAGCGGCGCCCGUGACCACCCUUACCCCGGAUCUGGAGAGACCUAUUGACGACAUUAUUGACCAGGCAUACAACAACUCUGACCUCGCCCAGACUAUGCUGACAGCACUACGAGACCCCAACGUCAAAUGUUGGCCUAAAUCGGUUCGCAGAGAGAUACGAAUAGCCAUGCAGGACUGCAAAGUCCGGGGUAACCGGAUUUACUACCGGGACCGCCUGUUUCUACCCCCCACCGACGAAGCCAAGAUCCAAAUCAUUUACAGAACGCACUCAUCGGGACCAGGAGGGCAUCCUGGCCGUGUCAAAACACUCGACUUAAUCACGCGGACGUAUUGGUGGCCACGAAUGUCAAAAGAUGUCGAGAUCUUCGUAAAAGGAUGCGACCUCUGUGUGCGCACGAAGACAUCUCGUUCUGCCCCGCCUGGAUUCUUACAACCGCUUCCCGUCCCGUUUCGUGCCUGGUCGGAUAUCUCCGUUGAUUAUAUCACGCCCCUGCCCGACUGCAAGCGCUUUCAGUCCAUUUAUAAACAUAUCCUGGUAAUUGUGUGCCGUCUGACUAAGAUGCGUCACUUUGUGGCCACGCGAACCCUUAACGUUGAUGAGCUUGCCGACGCGUUCGUGAGCAGAGUUUAUGCGCUACACGGAGCCCCAGACAACAUUGUCUCCGACCGUGGCCCUCAGUUUGUAUCCGAAUUCUGGAGACAGCUAUCCAGACGACUUGGUAUUUCCCUGAAGCAUUCUUCGGCCUACCACCCCGAGACGGACGGUCAGACAGAGCGCAUGAACUCAGGGGUAGAGCAGUACCUCCGCGCGUUUAUGAGCUUCCACCAAAACGAUUGGGUGGACUGGCUUCCGCUGGCUGAGUUUGCCGCGAAUAAUGCCACGUCAGACACAACUGGCGUCUCGCCGUUCUUCGCAAACUAUGGCUUUCAUCCGCGCCUUGGCAUAGAACCCGCAGAUCCAUGCCCGCCGAACCUCUCCAUGGCACAGAGGAGAGGGUUUUAUAAGGCUAACACUGUUGCCGAGCGUUUCGAACGGAUCCUCGACCAGCUCCGCGCCCUAGCCCAGCAGUCCAUUGACAGAUAUGAGCGUAAUGCCAAUGAGUCCCGCACGGAGUCCCCUAUAUACCAUGUCGGUCAAGAGGUAUGGUUGAGUACCAAAUACCUUAAGACCAACCGACCAAUGAAGAAAGGGGAUGAUAAGUGGACGGGUCCUUAUGAGAUCCUUAGUGUGUAUCCACGCGCAUGUCGCCUCGAACUCCCCGACCGCAUCCGCAUAUUUCCCGUGUUCCACAACUCACUGUUGCGACCAGUCUCUACAGACGAAGACGGGAACCGCAUAGGGCUCCCUGGCCAGAGUGAGAUUAAUGAAAAUGAGUCCCGGAACAUCCGCGGCCGCAUCCUCGAGCGGGACGACGAAACGGAAGAGGUGGUAGAGAAAUGGUUAUUUGAUUCGAUCCUUGACUGCCGUAAUAAGGACGGUUUACAGUACCUCGUCAAGUGGAAAUAUCAUGCCCCAAGCUGGCAACCAGCAUCAGAUCUGAAGGGACAGGACGACACACUCCUAGAAUUCCACCGCGAGCACCCUGACAAGCCCGGCCCCGCUACCUGGGUGAAGAAACCCCCAGCUCAACCAAGACGAAGUCUCCGCCUACGACGAGUACCACUUCCAACGGUGAAAGGAGUAUCCUUCGCAGCGACACAACUGGUGAAGCAGAUUGGGGUCCAUUUUCGGUAG